GCCUACCCAACGCAUGUUGUACCUGGGUCCAAGAUUUAUAAGACAUUAUCUGUAAUUUGUACAUCCCUGGAUGAAUUUAAAUGUUUGUAACACUACCAUAGUUUUUUGUACGACAGCGUGUGCGUUAAAUUAGUGUAUAGCACGAAUUGAUCUCUUUAUUUUUCGUGAAUAAUGGCGAGCUUUGAAAAUAAACUUAAAGAUGUUAUUAUAAAAUUGCAUGAAAUCGAGGCUCUGAAGUUUGGCAUGUUUAAAAUGAAAGUUGGAAUCGAGUCACCUGUUUACGUAGAUUUGAGAAGUGUUAUUUCCUAUCCGGAAAUUCUGGAAAAUAUAGCAGACUUGAUGUGGGAAUUCGCUGCACUGCGAAAUAUAGAGUGUGAUCAGCUGUGUGGUGUGCCUUACGCAGCAUUGCCAAUUGCUGCACUUAUGUCUUCACGUUCAAAAAUUCCGAUGGUGAUGCGCCGCAAGGAGGCAAAAAAAUACGGCACCAAGAAACUGAUUGAAGGAAAAUUUAAUCCAGGUGAUAACUGUGUUAUUGUUGAGGAUGUUGUUACAAGUGGCUCCAGCGUACUGGAAACAGUUGUGGAUCUACAUUCUGAAGGGCUGAAUGUGACCUCUGUUCUUGUUGUAGUGGAUCGUGAACAAGGAGGCAGUCACAAUCUCUCUGAAAAAGGUGUUGCAAUGAAUAGCCUUUGUACCUUGUCCAAGAUACUACAAGUUCUGAAAGAAGCUGGACAAAUAAACCAGGACGUAGUGGAUAGUGUUAGGAAGUAUAUUGCAGCAAGCCAAAUACACCCUGAUGGCACAUUCCUCACACCUCAACCACGUACAGAAAAUGUGAAUCCAUCCAGAUUGACUUUGCCUUUCACUGCAAGGGCAGAUCAGGCAGUCAAUCCAGUGGCAGCAAAACUGCUGAAAGUAAUGGUGUCUAAGCAGAGCAACUUAUGUGUAGCAGCUGAUGUUACUAGUGCAUCCAGGCUAAUAUCUCUGGCUGAAAGUGCAGGUCCUUAUGUAUGCCUUUUUAAGACUCAUAUAGAUAUUGUGGAAGAUUUCUCACCUCAACUCAUCCAGGACCUGCUUGCUGCAGCUCAGAAACAUAAUUUCCUUUUGAUGGAGGAUAGGAAAUUUGCUGACAUUGGCCACACUGUGAGCCUACAGUAUUCACAAGGGAUCCAUAAAAUUUCUUCUUGGGCUGAUCUUGUGACUGUCCACCCAAUACCAGGUGAGGGUGUGAUAACAGGAUUGAAGUCUGCUGUUACUAACCUUCAUCGAGGCUGUUUUCUCGUUGUGGAGAUGAGCUCUGCUGGGAAUCUUGCAUCACCCAAUUAUGUUGCUUCCUCAAUGGAAAUAUCUAAGAAGCAUCCAGACUUUGUGGCGGGCAUAGUAUGUCAGACUUCCGGCACUGUUCAGAAUCCUGGAUUAUUGCAGUUAACGCCAGGUGUAAGUUUGGACUGCCAGAAUGAUGGACAUCUGGGACAACAGUACAACUCUCCAGAAGACAUUGUAAUGUCCCGAGGUGCAGAUAUUGCUGUUGUCGGGAGGGGCAUCAUACAGGCUACAGAUCCUGCGCAGGCUGCUCAGGAAUAUCGUGCCAAACUCUGGGCUGCUUAUGAGAAAAGAGUCAGUUCUGUGAAGAAUGUGUAGCAGAGACUUGCACUGCAGUAAGUAAGGAUGCUGCCUUGUGUUUAUAAAUUCCAGUUUGUAUUGAGUAUUACAGGUCAAAAUUCCUGGUCAUUCAUAGGCUGUGAAUUUGCUGAAAUUGUCUAAUGUUACAUCAGAGGACCAAGCCCUAAAGACUGAUAUUUUAGAAGAAUUGUCCCUUCUGUAACUAGUUUUAUAAAGCCAGGAUGGAACACAAAUAAAAUAAGAUUGCAUAAUUAUAAAAUGUAUAAAAGCUGUCCAGCUAACAAAAGACAAUAAAGAGAAAUACAAACAUCUUGUUCAUACAAAUCAGAAACUCAUGAAGUCAUUUAAUUUAUUUCAAACCAGAGAUACCUAAGAUUACCAAGCCCAGUUGAUUCAAAGCAUUAUUAGUAACAUGAGCAAUAAGACUACUCAGCAGGGACCAAAAAUCAUUCAU